AGAAGAACGUUGUAGAUGCACGUAGGAUUUAAAAGUGUGGAAUUAGCAGGGGAAAUCAGUAGCUGUCUGUGUGGACAGACUGAGAAGGACGUAACCAUGGAAUUUCCUUUUAUGAUCCAGAUGCUUGGUACACCCUGUCAGGUAUCUAAUACAAAGCAAGAACCAACAGCCACCAUGUCUAGCAAAAGGGCAAAGACAAAGACCACCAAGAAGCGCCCUCAGCGCGCCACUUCCAAUGUAUUUGCGAUGUUUGAUCAGUCGCAGAUCCAGGAAUUCAAGGAGGCCUUCAACAUGAUCGACCAGAACAGGGAUGGCUUCAUUGACAAAGAGGACUUGCACGACAUGCUCGCCUCCCUUGGAAAGAAUCCAACAGAUGAAUACCUGGAUGCCAUGAUGAAUGAGGCUCCGGGCCCCAUCAACUUCACGAUGUUUCUCACCAUGUUUGGUGAGAAGUUAAAUGGCACCGACCCGGAGGAUGUAAUCAGGAAUGCUUUUGCUUGCUUUGAUGAAGAAGCAACAGGGUUCAUCCAAGAAGACUACCUGCGGGAGCUGCUGACCACCAUGGGAGACAGGUUCACGGAUGAAGAGGUGGAUGAGCUUUACAGAGAGGCCCCCAUUGACAAAAAGGGCAAUUUCAACUACAUCGAAUUCACGCGCAUCCUGAAACAUGGAGCAAAAGACAAGGAUGACUGAGCAAAUCCCUGGAUACCUGCCGAUUAUCUCUACAUUUAUGUUUAUUUUUAACCGUUUCUUCCUGAUAGAACUUGUUGCAUGCAUUUACCUUCAAAGCUUUUUGUCUUUUUUCAAUAUAUUUAUCUAUUCCAGGCCAUUUAGGCACAUUUGCACCUGUAAUCAGACUGGAAGUGGGGAAAAUAUUUUGAGGAAAAGGCUACAGGACAAACAUUCCCUGGAGUUUGAUAGUCCAGGAAAAUAAUCUCAAUGUUUCUGGUUUAGCUGGAUUUUUACAUUUUUGUAAUAAAUGCCAUUUUGAAAUAAAGAUUGCUAUAUAGAUAAAAUACCUCAAAAUCUUUUGUGAAGAAUGACAUUUCUAUUAUGCAUUUACAAAUGCAGGUGUGUUCAUUGUAUUUUUCUUGCAGUUGAAAGUCAAGCUAGAAAACUCAUUUUCAUAGUGUUUUGUUCAGUGUCACAGGGUUCUGAAAUGCUCCUAGUAGCAUCUGCUGGCAUCUUUGAAAAUGUAGCUGCAGAAGUCUUUGAUCUCAGGUUUUUGAAGUGGGAUCUGACUACUGUGUAAGUAGUUUACCAAAGAAAUGGUAUGGGAGGACUAUUACAAUUGCCUCAUGGCCAGCAGAGAACAUCUAAUUCUUAAGCAGUUACUAUACCCAGCUUUUGCUUCCUUUUAAUACUGAUGGGUUUUCUAGCAGUACUUUCAUGUCAAAGUGUGCAUUCUUCUUUGCUAAGUAAGAUGGAAUUAGGCAUAUUUUUUCCCUCCUGCUGAAGGAAGCUUGUGCAAAGGAAUCUGUGUUGGCACUAAUUAACAGCAGUACAUGGCCAGAAAACUUACAUAAAGCUUUAUUUUUCUACAGCUAAUUCAUUUGAGAAUGUGAGCCAAGUCAUUCUGACAAUUAACCUGGUAAAACCCUAUAGGUGCUGAAGUUGCUCUCACUUUUUAAUCUAUCAUACAUAUUCCUCAGUUAUAUUGGUAAGAUGGCUUUUAACCAAGCACAGUCAGUCAUUCUGAACUGUGCCUCCUCUUGGCUACUCCAAGUUAGAAAGCAGGAGGAGAAUUUAUUCUGCCUAUGUAUUUAUCUAUUAAAAUAAUGACCUCUUAUCCAGAAAGCUUGCCCUCAGCUAUCUCACACAAAUUAAGACCCCAAGGAGUAGGAAUAUAGCACAAAGGACUGUAAAGGCUCUGACAGCUUAUCCUGUAAGGGUUUGCCUUAUUUCAUGUGUGAUACCAUUACUUAAUCUUGCUUGUGGUCCUAUAUGCAACUCCAGAAGAUAUUCUGCCUGCAGCUUUGUAAAUAACUUGACAAAGUAUACUCACUUGGCAUACUUGGACUAUUUUUUUAUUUUUUAUUCCAGGGUGAUUUUUUCCACUUACGGGCUUAAUUAAAAUUGAGUUUUCAACCAUU